AUAAUUUUAUAUAUGAAAUGCAAAUAUUUUCUAUACAAGGAUUAAGGAGAAUGCUACUCUUUUUGAUGAUACCAUCGUAGUUUGGCCUUAUUUUACGACAAAUGAGUUGAUUUAAACUCAAGUAUGACUUUAUUGUAAAGGUUGGUAGUCCCGUUGGUGAAUGUCAACAAAAUGAAGUUUAAAAAAUUGUGUUUAACCUCACUUUUACGUUAUUUAAACGUUUAAACAAAGUUAUUUCUUUAAAUUCCAUUCCAAAUUCUUGCCGCGAACCAAACAACUCCCAUUGUAAACAUGAAAAAGCCUUCAGUUAUGAUUGAAACGUCGUCUUGUUCAAACCUACUUUUAAAUUUAAACAUUAAAUUAGAAGAUGAAGAUCGAAAAGGAUUCCGCGCAUUUCUUCACAGAGAAAUAUUUAUUAAAAUUAUUCAAUAAGAUCGUCCCGAUCGAUGGCGAAACGAUAACUUAUAAACAAUUACAAGAUUUUAUGCAGGAUAAAGACGAUUUAAUACUACCAGAACGAGUUCGAAACGUUAUUAAAACAAAAUCCGAUUUAAAAGGAGACGAAAAAAUGUAUCUCGCCGAUUUCAUCGAAUUAAUCACCAACGAAAAAUAUCAAAAUCGAUUUGAAAAGUAUUUCAACAUGUACAUGGAAUUUCUUAUUCCACCCCCUCAACCACACGACGUUCAACCACCAAAAAAUCUUCGUUUUCACGCAAUAUCUGCACGUUGUGCUAUCCAAAAACAAAUUGAUGAUGUCGAAAUCGUUUUAGAAGAAGAUGAAGAUUUCGAAAUUCAUGAACGAAUUUAUCGUUUUUGGCCACUACCUUUAACAAUGAUUUUAUUUUCAUUAUCAGAAAUUAUUUUGUACUUAAUCGACGCUUCGUACGGUUUGAAUUGGAGAAAUGGGAUCGUUUCGAAAAGAUUAAUUUAUAAUCCUUGGAGAAGAAUCGAAAUUUGGAGGUAUCUUAGCUACAUGUUUGUUCAUUUGGGUAUUUGGCACCUUUCUAUGAACGUAAUCUUCCAGUUGCUUUUGGGGUCCCCUUUAGAAGUUCAUUAUGGAUGGUGGCCUGUUAGUGUUGUUUAUUGCUGUGGGGUUAUUUCUGGCUCUUUAGGAAGCUCAGUUACGGAUAGUUCUGCUUGGUUAACUGGGGCUAGUGGUGGUGUUUAUGCUUUAUUAACGGCUCAUAUUGUUUCGAUAAUCAUCAAUUGGAAAAGAGUUAAUCACCGCAAAGUCUUGGUGGUAUUCCUUUUAGGAUUUAUCUUAAUCGAUGUUAUAAGAGUUAUCAUCGAUUAUUUAUCGGGCAAUUUAGAUCAUACAAUUUCGCAUGUUGCCCAUUUUUUCGGUGGGUUAUCCGGAAUUUUAAUUGGAACAGUUAUUUUUAAACAAUUCUCCCAUCAAGGAGAAGGAAAAAGAAUCGUUUACGUUCUUGUGGUUAUUUCGAUAAUUUUAAUUGGAUUCGGCGUGUUUUAUAACAUUUUUUCAACGUUUCCCGAGCCAAUUUAACAUAUUUAAUAACAUUUUAGUUAAUAAAUCAAAUUUAUUAUAAUUAAGUUAUGCAACCAACAUUGCAUUUAAUUUAGUUCCAAUUUUCGCCGUUUAAAUCGCGUCUUUUUAUUUAUUGAGGUUAUGUCGUUACGUUUAAUUUCAAAUUAAAAAUCAAAAAAAAGUUAUUCGAAGAUAACAAUUCAUCGAGAGAAAGAAAGAAAACGAUAUUAAAAUGUUUAACUCAUAAACAUUUAUAAU